AUGUAUUUCUCUAUUGCCUUUAUCACCGCUAUGGCUAUGGGUGCCAUUGCAAGCCCGAUGCCUCAGUCCGACAUUCCUCGUCCCAAUGAGAUCGCCCUUGAAGCACGUCUUUGGGGAUCCGAGAACUGCGGAUCUGGAGGAAACAGCCAGAACCAUGGCCGAUUGACUCUUCGCGGAAGAGACAACAACAAGUGCCACAAGUUUAACAAGAAUGUCAAGUCGAUCUACCAGUACGAUGACGAGGAUGACUGCGAACUGGUUCUUUUUGGCGACUCUGAGUGCAAGGUUCGCUUCAAGGGGCGUCUUCAAGAUGAUCAGUGCGUUCAGGCUCGCGGACUAUUCCGCAGCUACAAGUUGGUUUGCAGAGAUGACGACCGCAAUGAUCGCAACGACCACGAUGAUCACGAUGACCACGAUGACCACGAUGACCACGAUGACCACGAUGACCGCGACGACCGCGAUGACCACAGGGAUGACUAA